AUGACGUCGGUCUCUUUUCCCCCAAGCAGGCCUGACAAGACACUAUCACCGUUUGGAGGAUCAUCAUCGGGCGGCUUCGGAGGCCAUUCUGACGCGGGUCAUCACGGCUUGAAUCUCGAUGGAGCUGGCGGCGGCGGUGGGAAGCGGUCGAAACGCAACCUGACGAACCAGUCUUUCGAAAUGACGACUCUCGCGACGAAGCGAAAGGGCGUCAACCCAUUUGAUGGCGCGAGCUCAGACGACAAUCGCCGGAAGAAACCCACGAAGAACAGUUCACAAGGCGACUGGAAGAAGAAACCCCCCCAGUCGCAAGGCGCGAAGCUGAACGGCGCGAAAAAUGGCCCCAAAGGUUUCGGGUCCACGCAAUCGCGUGGCGGUUUCGGCACUCAAAACAACAAUCACACACAUGGUACAGAACCUACCGAAUACGAGAGGGACGACGCAAAUGGUAGCGCCAGCGGCGACGGUACACCGUACUCCGAUAGAAUAUUCGCCCAGCUUCGAAAAGAAGGAAUCGCGCCUCCAAAAUGGCCGUCCGAUCCUGGAAACACGAGCUCGAAGGCCGCGAUGGCCAAGUUCAGGGAGGAAUACAAGGCAUACCGCGAUCGCGCUAGGCACUGUUUGAUGCGCGCCGGCUUGAUUGACGAUCCAGAUAAACCCAAGCGGCUGGAGGACGCGAUUGACUUCAAAGGCAUCUGCGACGCCAUGUGCCCGGACUUUGAAAAGAUUACGCGCAUCACCGAAUUCGAUGUACAAUCCGCCGAGAAGGAUACCCGAACCACUUCUGCCAUCACCUCGAAGAUGGUUAAGAAGCUAGCUAGAUCCGCAGCUGGCCAGGAGGCACCUCUUCCAAUGGAUGUCAGGUCAACCGCGGCGCUCAGAAAAACUCUCGAUUAUCUGAUCGAUGACCUGCUGCAGACGGACGACAAUUUGCCCUCCUUGCAUGGAUUUUUGUGGGACAGGACACGUGCAAUCCGCAGGGACUUCAUUUUCCACUCGACUAUGUCUCCAGAGGAGAUGAAAGAUCAAGUUUACUGCCUUGAAACAAUUGCGAGAUUUCACGUCACCUCUCUGCACCUACUUUCCCAGGAAGGUUUCGCGCCGGAAGACUUCUCGGAACAACAGGAGAUCGAACAGCUGGGGAAGUCAUUACUUUCGCUCAUGUUUGCGUAUGACGACUGCAAACCCCAGGGCGUCAUUUGCGAAAACGAGGCCGAGUUCAGGGCGUAUCACUUGCUCUUCAGUGCGAACAAGCCCAACAUACUCGACGACGUGCAGAAGGAGUGGGGGGACUCUCGCUUCUGGACCGAAUCCGACGAAAUCAGGACAGCCGUUUCGCUCGUUGAGAGCCUGCAGAGUGCCGAGGACUUUCAUGGCCCGCUGGGCUCUGGGCCAUCCAUGGCGAUAUCUGGCGCUCACCGCACGUACUUCAGAAUUCUCGAAAGCAAAGAAGUAUCCUACACCAUGGCUUGCUUUGCCGAGAUUCAUCUUGGACAACUACGUCGCUCCGUCCUUCGCUCCCUGAAAAAGGCGUACACCAGACCCCGGCACGGAGCGAAAGAUAUCACACCCUCGACACUCAACCGCUUUCUUCACUUUGACACAGACGCUCAGGCAGUUGAGUUUGUCGAGCAGCAUGGUCUCAGCUUUUCAGAUGGAGAAGGGUCAUCUGGCGAACACAUACGAUAUCUCGACACUUCGCAGCGUCUAACGUGGCCAAGAAUUCAUCACAGUUUCUCUCGUCAACUUGUUGAAAGAAAAAGAGGGACUCGCGGUAUUCCCGAUAUCAUCCACAGCACGAUACCCGACGAGUCUACACCAACCACACAAUUAGCCUCGGGACGCGGAUUCGGCACCGAUGCCGCACCCUCGCACGCUUCGCAGAAGCAUUCCACUUUUGGCGGCAACUCAGCAGCCAUAUCAACCGGGCCUUUCGCGUCUUCUUCUUCAGCUUCUCAAGGGGGCGUCUCGACUGGAUUCGGGGGCACGACACCGUUCGACAAAGCAACAGACGGCUCAACGCUUGGCUCAACAGGCUCAAGUCCGUUUUCAAAUCCCUUUUCUGCCUCAAAGUCCCCUUUUAAAGCUACGCCUUUUCAGGGGGCCGGCCAGAACUCGACAACCGCACCCCCUCCUGUGAAUCCGUUUUCUGGCAAGCCAAGCCCAUUCAGUAAGCCGGAAAACGUACAAGAGAAACCGACAACUGCUAGCAACCCUUUCGCGGCAUUGGCCCAAACCAAUGGUUUCGUCAAAUCUACAGAAACCGCUUUUCCAUCAUUUCCCGCUCCAGCAGUUGGGCUCAGCUCGCAACAGAAGGCACAGGAGACCACGCAAACGAAGCCGCCGGUACAAAGUGGCAACGGGCCUUCACCUGCGAUCACUGUCACUCCCUCAACACCACAGUUCCCGCUGUCAACCCCGGGUACUGCCUCAAAACCGUCAAGCGCUUUCACAUUCGCGGCAAAUGCUGGCGCAUCAGCUACAGCACCGACGUUCCCCUCAGGUUCCUCUCAGCCAGUUACUAAGCCGGCUGAAGUACAGCCACCUAAAUCUUCAGCAGCCGCAUCAAUUUUCGCUCAACCCGCCAAACCCGUUGAGAGUCCCGCACCCCAGCCGACUCAAUCACCAAGGCCAUUCGCCGCUGCUGCGCCUGCGGCCGAGCCGCCCCAGACCCUCGCAAGCCUAGGAGCUGUGUCUUCUCAGUCUCCUUUGCCGACAUUUUCAUAUCAAGCAAGUGAUGCGUUCCCAGCCGCCAAACCGACACCCCCAAGCCAGCAAGGUCUCUCGCUCAGCGCUGCCCCGCCUGGAGUCACAGUCUCGCAGCUUGCCCAGGUUACACCUCCCAACCCUUCAGUCGUGCAACGGAAAUCAAAGAAAGAUAUCAUGGCAGACUUCGCGAAGUGGUUCGUCACAGGCGAUAACGGGUUGAUGCAAGAGUUUGAAAAAUUUGUCAUUGAGCAAAUAGUUUCAGAAACAUUCUUAAAGUACCACCGAGAAAAAGAGGAGAGGAAACGAAAGGAGGAGGAGGAAAGGGACCGGGCAGAAGCACGCAAGUUCCAGGUUUACAACCUCUCCGUCAAGUACUUCUAUCGGUGGAAGGAAAUCGCACGCAACCUCCGCCUCAGCAAAAUCCGCCGGCAGGAGAGGGAAGAGUUCCGAAGAGUACAGCGGGAACUGCGAGAUGAGGAUAUUCGGAAGAAGAAACAGGCGGCCAAGUUGGCUGAAGCACGAAAGAGGGCCCUGGAAAGACAUGCUGUUGACCCUGUGGAGGAGUUCAGAGAGCUGCUCUAUCUCAGGAAAGACGACCCUCAGGUUCAUCUGCAGGCCGAGGCAGAGGCUCUUCUCGCUACCGGCAUCUUGUCAGGCGUUUCAGACGAACGAACCGCAGCCGCGAAUGUCAUUGGGGUCCCUGUGACAGCCGAGACGCCUGCAACGACAACAUCUCUACCACGAUCACGGUCAACGACCAGCUUGUCGCAAUCCACGUCGGGGGCCAAACCAUGUGGCGCCAAAACGCGAGCUCUCAGGGAGGAAUUUGGCAAAAGCAGCAACAAGUUCCGCCGGUCACUGCCCCCAAUGUCGGCGCACUCGUCGUCAUCGCGCAUGUCGUCAGAACCUCAGAAACGCGUUAGCAAGGUGUCGGACCGUUGGCGUUUGAAGGCCAUGGGGCUCGUAACGAUGCCUGACGGUUCGGCCUUGCCGGAGGCUAUAGCCAACGAGAUGCGGUACAACGGGAAACGGUACGAGGGCCUGGGCUCGUUCGGCCUGGACCGGGACAGCAGCGAGCGGCGCCGAAGCGUAUCCGCCGAUCUCAACCACGCCGCGGAAGCCCGUCUGCGCUUUUCUCAAUCGCUGAACGGCGGCAGCGCCACGCCGCAGGCCAACGGGACGUCGCCUCUUAGUAAGAGGAAGCGGUCACUCGAUGAGGACAACGAGAUCACGGCACCAGGUGAGGCCCGGGUCAAGAAGCGGCCUUCGAGCAACACCGACGUCGACAAAAUCCUCCGUGAAGCAAGGGAGAACCUGGAAUCGUUGAGAAGCUCAAGGAUUGAGCUGGAUGAAGGGGCGGAAUGGUUCAGGGAGCAGAAUGAGAUGAUGCACGCGGAGGAAAUGAGCAGGGCCAGCUCGCCAUGGGGCAAAGAGGGGCACCAGUGA